UGGGGGAGAGCACACACUACAGACGGGAUGGGGCGCAAGAGUUGAGUUGCCAAUCGCCAAGUGAACCGCGUUCCUGGUUAUUCCAGAGGGCAGGUGUUGGGAUGUCUGUGGCCAAUUGCAACCGUGGAUUUAAUCAAGUCAUCAGCUGAACAACUCGGCAGAGAAGUUUGCGCACUCCCCAGUGUGUGUCAGACACGACAGUGUGGAGAACCUUGAUUUGGGAGAACAGAACAGGACAAGAGCCGAUACUGCUUCGCGUUUAGCGAAACUCGCACAUUACAGCCGAUUGGGGGCUUUAUUUUUAUUACUGAGAACCUGCCAUGGAGGGAUGGACUGUUGUUUUCAGUGUUUGGGCUCCAGCGUUUCUGUGUUUAUUCCUUCUCAACACCAGUUUUCCUCCAAGCUUUGGAAUGUCUGAUGAAGCCAAGGACAACAUCACAAUCUUCACUCGAAUCCUUGACAGUCUUCUAGAUGGAUAUGACAACCGGCUGAGACCAGGGUUGGGAGAGCGUAUUACACAAGUCAAGACUGACAUCUAUGUAACAAGUUUUGGACCUGUCUCAGAUACUGAUAUGGAAUACACAAUAGACGUGUUUUUUCGCCAGAGCUGGGAAGACGAGAGGUUGAAAUUCAAAGGUCCGAUGACCAUUCUCCGUUUAAAUAACUUGAUGGCCAGCAGAAUCUGGACUCCGGACACGUUUUUCUACAACGGGAAGAAAUCCGUGGCCCACAACAUGACGAUGCCCAACAAACUGCUGAGGAUAACUGAAGACGGAACCCUCCUCUACACCAUGAGGUUGACGGUACGUGCUGAGUGCCCCAUGCAUUUGGAAGACUUCCCGAUGGAUGCUCACGCCUGCCCGCUAAAAUUCGGCAGUUACGCAUACACCACGUCAGAGGUGGUGUACAUCUGGACACACGGAGCAGCACAAUCAGUCGUUGUGGCUGAAGACGGUUCUCGGCUGAAUCAAUACGACUUAUUGGGACAAACUGUGGGCAAAGAUAUUAUUAAAUCCAGCACAGGGGAAUAUGUUGUCAUGACUGCACAUUUUCACCUGAAGAGGAAAAUCGGCUACUUUGUCAUUCAGACCUAUUUACCAUGUAUUAUGACGGUUAUUCUCUCACAAGUCUCAUUCUGGUUAAACAGAGAAUCUGUUCCUGCAAGAACUGUAUUUGGUGUCACAACUGUCCUAACAAUGACAACACUGAGUAUCAGUGCCAGGAACUCGCUGCCCAAAGUGGCAUACGCCACUGCCAUGGAUUGGUUCAUUGCUGUGUGUUAUGCCUUCGUAUUCUCCGCACUCAUAGAAUUCGCUACGGUCAACUACUUCACGAAGAGGAGUUGGGCCUGGGAUGGAAAAAGCCUCAUUCCUGAAAAGAAAAAGGAAAAGGAGUCUCUGAUGAAGAGGAACAACACCUACACGGCAACGUCAGCAAAUUUUGCUCCAAAUAUUGCCAAAGAUCCAGGCCUGGCAACCAUCGCCAAGAGUGCUGCCACGGAACCCAAAGAUCCCAAACCAGAACAGAAGCCGCCAGAGCCCAAGAAGACCUUCAACAGUGUCAGUAGGAUCGACAGACUGGCCAGAAUAGGAUUCCCAUUAAUGUUUGGGAUUUUCAACCUGGUCUAUUGGGCGACUUAUUUGAAUAGAGAGCCCGUUCUCCUAGAAGAGGACCAUAAUUGAAAACGUUUAAAAAAAAGCAAAAAGCAAAACAGAGUUCUUUGGAUUUCAAAAAAAAAUAUUUUUUAUUUACUGGGAAAUGUCAUGAAAUUUCUAGCAGAUUCCUGUUCCCCAUUCAAUUUGAUGCAUAGGCUGUUUCUUUCCUCCCCCCCACCCUCUCCCCCACCACCAAUGCAUAAACCAUGAAAGGUUUGUUUUCUGGUUAAACACAGAAAUAAACAAAUCUCUCACUAUCUCUUUCUAUAUAUAUGUAUAUAUAGAUAAGAUAAUAUAUACACAUUGUCAGUAAAAGCAAUCUAGUUAUGUCGCAAAGCUAACAUAACUGAAUUACUCACUGUAUAGGGACUUUUCUUAAAAAAGCAUGCCCAUGAACUGAUGAAAAUGUAGUUUAAACCUAUUCUUACCCUGGGGAGGAGAAGGGCAGUUAAAAUAGACUUAACAAUUUCUGGCACUUGCAGAAGUAGCUGGAAGCUUCUGUUACCACGAGUUGGGUAACGUUCCAAGACUUGCCGUUGUUCGCUUGGCAAGGCACUUUGUUUCCUUUCAGGCUCGUUCGAAACUGUAUGCGGAAGACAGCAGAAGACGGAAGCAGUUCAGUUGUUGAUCUUUGUCAUGAGAAGGUUGUAUACUAUUUUUUUUGCAAUAUAUUUUAUUUCAAGUAUUACGAGGACAAAAUUUAUGAGUAUGAGAAAAACAAUGUUUUAUUUAAAUAAACUAAACUCGGUAAUAGUUUGAUGUACGACACAUUCACCUUUUCUCCAGGACACCGGCAAGGUGCUAAGGUACUCGAAGGUUCUUGGGACUUGAAUGGUUAAUAACUUAAUGGUACGAUAUUAAAAAAUAUGGGGUCUACUGGUAUAUAACCAUUUCUCACCCAGGAAGGCCAAAAGCAUGAUUUGAAUUAGUUUAUCAAUAACCCUCUCCUUGUAGAGCAGAUUGUUGCCCGUUUGCAUUUUUCUUGGCUUAAAUGACAAGGGGAUUUCAGUUUACACCUUUUUUNAAUGUAGGCCUAGAAAAUGCGAAAUAUUUUAUAUUGUUAAACACUAUCUGAAUGUGACACCUAACAGGUUGGCAGGAUUCCCUGAAUUCAGAUUUCAGAGAUUCCACUUUAAGGCGGUUGGUGCAGUGGAGGAGGUUUAUCAGAGAAGUGAAAUCUAUUUCUAUCAAAUGCCCUGGACUGGGAAGGGUUAACGUUCCUGGAGGAGCCAUGCAAAUAAUUCUCGAAAAUGUCAGGGUUCACAAAAUGAUCUUAUUUUGUUGGCUAUGACUUGUUAAAUGUAGCUGAUGUUAUUUUUGAGGUCUUGUUUUUUUUCUUAUUGGACUUGUUAUUGGCAGAGGGGACUGAUGGUAACAAAAGCAUUCGCACUCCGACUGCUACUCCUGUUCAUUGCCAUACAAAUCCUUGUUUUUUGUAGAACGCACGCUCCUCUGUUAAUAACUUUGAAAUGAAUUUAUUGCUGACAUCAGGGUGACAAUGUGCACAUAGUUAUUGUUCAGCAACAUUUAAUGAGAUGGGGAUCAGGCAAUUUUGCCCAUUGGAAUUAUUUCUGUUUUCUAAACCAAUCGAAUUAUAACACAGCAUGAAUAUGCACAUCUCUUUAUAAUCAUUGGCAAUUGGAUCGACUCUUUUGUCGAGCUUAGAAACAGUGAGUUUCAUCAGGACGCACAUAAAAGCUCAUGUACAAGUACAUCAACCCACCAAUAGAUGAGGAAAGGUCAUCGGCAUCUUUCUGAAACAAUAUAGUCAUAAUAAACCAGUGAGUAUUGGAACCUUUUUUUGAGGCCAGUGGCAAUAUCCUGCAUUUAUUUUUCUAUAUAGUUUCCUCCCACAACCAGUGUUAAUAAUAUGCACAUUCAGCUUAUAUCACCUUUCCCGACCCUCAGUGCCAUUGACAUAUUCUCUAAAACAGCGACGGCUGAAUUGGCUAAAGAUCAAAGCGAUGUAAAUUGUUCAAUUUCUAUUCAAUGGGGAUAGAGUUGGCAUCAGGGCAGAGGGAGAUGUCAUUGGGCUGAGCAGGUCAUGUGCAUGGACCUAAAGGAAGAAAUGAGUUGGAGAUCUUCCUGUAUGUCCUUCUUUUCCCGUCACCAGCCUCAAUGACCAGUGAUGUCAUGGUCCAGUUUUAAUUCCAAUAAGACUCGUCUGGCACUGAGCACAGGGCAAUAUAUAUGGUGAUGGGGUUAGCACUGGGGCUUAGGCAAUAGCCAAUGUGGGUUAGUGACCACUUGGGGUCGAAGGAAGAUUUUGUCACCUAUCAGUGAGCCUGUCACUGCCACUGUGCUGGACAUUGCGUAGGAGUGAAAAGGUGGAACUUUAUUUUAGUUACAAUUGAGGCCAAAUCAUUGUCAUGCCAAAAGGGAUCUGUAAACCAAAAAGCUCGGACAGUUUGGCCAAUUGGUCAUAACAGACUGUAGUGUCUUCCAACUUAUUCAGGCCUAUCUAACGUUGACCCAUAGGCAGCGCGGAAAUGAUAUUUUCGGACUAUUGGUAACACACAAAACUCUUCAAAAAGCUGCCGAAAGACAGAAUGUGCCAGGCCCGAGAAACAUUGUGAGAUAAUAUUGUUCUUUCCUCCAUUUAAUGUCUUUAUCGAAUAAAAUGUGUUACAAAAAAUUAGCUUCUCUUUUCUAUAAGCCGUAAACUCCCUCUCUUGUGCAAGUGCCAAGGCAAACUGUGGUGCACCUCGAAUGAUACAGUGAUAUGAUUAUGUUUAGGUGAAUGGCAUCUGAUCGUUGGAAAGUAGAAACUUCUUCAUCAUUGAAGCUGCUUUAAGGCACAGUUAUUGCAACAGGCCCUGAAGGUUCUCUGAUCUGAGCAAACAGCCGAGAGUUACACUCCUGCUCUGUAUUCCUUUCACCCUGGGUAAGCCUUAAGCAAAGCAGAAUUCUGCACAUAAGAGCCACCGACAUGCACAGAGUGAGCUCUGCUCACUGAUACUUGCACUCAAGUUGAUUUUUAAUAUUAGUUGAGGAGCAGGUGACCCCCAUCUUCUCUCCCACUAACAUUAACAAUCUUCACUGCGGUCCAGAGGUCAAGCUGGAACUUAUUAAGGUGUCGAUGAAAGGGUGAAGGGUUUCUUUUGAACUGGCUGGUGUCGUACCCAAGUUAGGCAACUUCCUGGGUGCAGAAACCAUAAGAACUGUCACAACUAACGUAACUGGACACCAAAGCACUGUGCUGACAGACGGAACAUAGCGGCUUCCAAUAGACUACGCGAACACCACAAACUUCUUUACUAAACUGCUACGUAGCGUUUCCAGGAGGAUAUUCAUUUCUAAUUAACUUAAGAAAAAGUCAGCCAGUUAGUUAUUUGAUGGCAGGCGGUUGCUUUUUUUGACCCCUCUAAACUGAGGUUGCUGGGCUGGUUGCCCUCUUCACCAACACGGCCAUUUAAUCGGAGCUCCCUACAGAGUUUCCAGAACAAACGGUAGGAUGUGCAGUGUUGACAAUCGCAGACAACACCGUGUUUCUCCUUCCCAGGCCUUCCCAGGUUCGCAAUGAUGCCGAGGCUGAUGAGAUGCACAGAGAGUAAAAGCACUGGCUUUAAAUUGCUUUUUAUUUGUCUUCAGUAUCUAAACAGCGGGAGGGAAGAACACUGUGUUUGUGGUUCCCACACAGUGGUACCUUACUCUGGAAAAUAGGAUCCGUUUCAGUGAAAGAAAAUUGUGGUCGUCAGGCAGUUACCAAAAGACAGACAUUCUUGAAAAAUAAACUAAAAAAGUUAUUAAAAUUGAUGACAGGUAAAUGGCACAAGUAAUAAUAACUAUGUACAUAUCAACUUGCAUUGAUGGUGUCUUUUUUAAAUCAAGCUGUGAGUUACAAAUCCAGCACAAUGUAAUGUACUUCCAUCUCUCUCUCAUUCAGCGUAAGGAGAACGUAUCUUCUAGUGAACUGCUCCAUAAGGUCCAAAUAUUACAGACAAACUAUCUGGCCACUUACUGGUGACGCUCAGGUUCCCCUUAGGACUAUGUUCUGUACUUUAGCUGAUCACUGAUCAGAGAUGAUAUGAGAGCAGAUAUUUUAUGCCCCCUUGUGAUACUAUGAAGGGUUGCUCUCAAGGCCACAUGAGUUAACAGUCAGCCACCAUCCUCCACCAUCCCCACUGAUCAUUUCUAUGGGGAAGCACUUUGCAAUGUCACACUGUGGGCAGAUCUGCACAGUGUCUGAUUGUCUCCAGCCAGCUAUCAAGUACAAAACCGUAGCGACAAGUGCCUGAGAAGCAACAGUAAGUGCAAUGGAAUUUCCCUUCACAGCAUUUUCAAGUUAUGGUGCAAUCCAAUAAAAUAUACAUUUCCUUUUAUUAAAAAAUCCAGUUUGUAAGUACUACCCAAAUAUUUAUUUACAAAAAAAGUGUAUCUAUGUAGAUGAAUAAAGUGUUGAAGGAGGACUUAGAAGUAUAAGUGUUAUCUUAACAAAAUCAAGCUGACAAAAUCCCUCAUCUUCAUAACUGCCUUGUAUUUUAGCAAUAUUGCUGUAAGAAAAAAAAUAUACUUCAAAUGUAAGGGCUUCUAGUACAUGUGGAAAUAUAACUUUAAAUAACCUGUAUAGACAAAAUUGUAUAGAUUUGUUUCUUUUUUUUUUGGCUCCUUCAAGUUCCGUGUAAUACUUCUGAUUGCUCUUGCGGUUUAUUUCGUAGAUGGUUCUUAUUUUGGGAGAGCUCUAUGAUUUCCCACUGCGUACCUCACUGUUACUUGCCGAUGCUAUCAUGCGUUGUUUUGCACAUUGUUGUGAAUAUUCUACUGAAAUUUAAGUCAGCUUCUUUUGCUAUGCAAUAACUGCUUUGUAUCACUUCUCACUUCUCAGUUCUGUAGAUGUAAAUGUGAGUUGACAAAUAAUGUAUAGACUAAAAUACACUUUACCAAAAUUGAA